CGAUCUUUCCAUAAAUGAUUCGAAAUGAACGCGAACAAGCGACAAAAGUUGCCGGCCACGAGAUGCGAACAGCGAGAGAAAUCGCUCGAGGAUUUGUCGCUGGUGAAAGAGGAGCGAGCCUACGCGUUGGAUACGCUUCCGGCGGAAGUGUUGGAAAUGAUACUACGGCUGUUGCCUCUUCGCGACGUGGCCGCUUCUGUACGAUUGGUUUCCAGGCAUUGCUCGAGGGUAGCGGCAACGGUUUUAAACGGCGCCUUCCUCGCGGCCGGUGCGAGGCUAGAGAAGCUCGCGAAACGCAUCGAAGGUACCGUGAAGAACGCGAAAACGAAUCCGGAACUGGUGGCUCGCAGCAAAGCCCUGAACGCCCUGGAAUUGAUAAAGGCGCAGUACAAGAUGUUGCGCGCUGUCACCUGGCGAUACACGCAUCCGCCGAGCAAGCAACGCGGCUUUCCGAGGCUCUGCUUUUACGCGGGAAGCUUGCUCGACGAUCUCGACGAGCUUCUCGCUCGAAUCGGAAAGUUUCACGCGUCCAUCGUCGACCCUCGUACCACCGACUCGAGCAUCGGCUCUUUCGUCACCGUCUCCAAGGUUCAUGAACUUUUUCGAAAAGCUCUCCGAACGCAGAGUGAACAGGUGAAUUAUUUCCUUACGUUUCCAAUUUCCUUAUUCUAUUUAACCGCGAACGUCGACAGAUCGGCUCUGAUAUCCGGAUGCAAAGUCGUCGACGUUCUCGACUGUCUUAUUGAGGGUCGACAGGUGUCGUCUUUCAAAGUGAUGCCGAAUAAAAGGGGCACGGGACGAAUCGUCGACAUGAAAUUGAAAUACGUGUUGAAACGUGGUUGGUUUACCUGUUUGGAAGUGAGGAAGAACGCCGAAGAGAACUGCUGGAGAGACGAGCAGCGUUUCAUGUACCUGAGAUUACGACGUUUAGUGGGCAGCGUGAACGAACACCUCUUCGAGAACUUGCAUUACGAGCACGAACUGAUGUUGCAGAUACCUCUGACGCUUCCGUUGAGACCACCGCCUGCUUCCACCUAUUCCGGAUACGGAGAAUACGGUGGUCGGUUCUUCUAUUACGGUAACAUGAACAAAUACGCGUACGAGAGCAAAUUUCUGAACGCGGUCAGCGCGGCGAAUCGUACCGUCGAAACCGAGCAACCGGUGCGGAGACCACCGUCUUUCGACCUGGUCAUCGAGAUCGAAUUGAGAUGUACGCCGGAACUGGCGCCGCUGGCCGUCAGAACUCAGUUAAAAUCGGAUCGGUUCGACAGUUGGUUGCCGAGAACGAGCAAAACUCAACGAUUGUACCUGAAAAUGAACGUCGCGUGUCCCGCCUCGAUAGCCAAUAGACUACCCGGCAACUUUCUAUGGGAACUACGUAGCCCACGAUAAGCGCGCGAAAAUUCCUCAGUCCUUUUUCUCAAACGCGAUAGAGUGCAACGCGUUUUAAUAUAUUCCUCUAUCGUGAGUCGACUGUAUCGCAAAUAAAAUAUUUAAUAGCAUUUAAUAUCUAUUUAUAGAAAGGUAAUAAUAUAUAUUUUACAUGUAGGUUAGCGACCAUUGCUAUUUCGCUUGGUUUUUAUAUACAGGUAUCGAAGAAUUACAAAAUAAAAACAUACAGAGUACGUAGUUUUAUUUUAUACUAUUA